AGGAAUAAAUACCAGCAGACUAUAAGCCGAAGGACUACUUAGACGUUAAUAUUUAAAAUCAUAUCUAAUUAUUAAUUAGGCCUUUUCGUAAGUAAUGAGCCCAAUAGCGACAAUAUGAUGGGCUGGGCUAGACUAGGAGUGACCAUGGCGAUUAUUGGAAGAAGAGCAGAAAAGGAGAAAAAGGAUUUCAAUUGUAGUAGUUGUUGUUGAAGUUCGAUUGAAGAAGAAGAAGAAGAAUGGCGUUGAAAUUCUUGAACAAGAAGGGAUGGCACACGGGUUCUCUUCGGAACAUAGAGAACGUGUGGAAAGCCGAGCAAAAGCGCGACGCAGAAGAUAAGAAAUUGGAAGAACUCCGCAAACAGAUCCAGGAGGAAAGGGAGCGCCACGAGUUUCGUCUCCUUCAAGAGCAAGCCGGUCUCGUUCCUAAGCAGGAGAGAUUGGAUUUUCUGUACGAUUCGGGAUUGGCUGUAGGAAAGGGCAGUUCAUCAUCGGCACCGGCAUCAGCUACGCCUGGAGCUUUGUUCGAAGACAAGCCUCAGUCUGCGAAUGACGCGUGGAAGAAACUUCAUUCGGAUCCUUUGCUUAUGAUUUUGCAUUUAAUGUAACAAAUUUCCCUUGGAUUAAAUAAUUUCAUUUAA